UCAAACUUGAUAUAUGAUUUCUGUAGCGAACCUGUAGUGUUGAUUUCUGAAAAGCUUUUCCCAAAUCUUGAUUCUUUUUCUUCCUUAAACCCUAGCAGGGAAACGAUUUCUCUGGAUAUUUCGUGUUCAAUACGUAAUCCGAUCGUUACUCGCGGUUCAAUUUGUUCGUCGCGCAGAUCUGAUCGGAUUUAAGAAACCUAGAAAUGUCGGCGCUUUUCAAUUUCCAUUCGUUCUUGACGGUGGUGCUUUUGGUGAUUUGCACUUGCACUUUCUUGAAGAUGCAAUUCCCGGCGAUCCUUGAGCAGAAAACUGGAUUUCGUGGAUUCUUUUGGAAGGCGGCUAGAAUAGGUGAACGAUUGAGCCCUUGGGUGGCUGUUGGAUGCUUUACAAUGGGCGUGUCAAUCAUAUUUUUCUAAAUGUAGUUGCGUUUGGUACCCUGGAAAUCGCUGCAUAUCAUCCGUUACAACCCGUCUCGCACUUGUCUUAUUUCCCUUGAUGGGAUGAGAUAUGAAAGCUACUGAUCAACUUCUGUAGUUAUAGGAGUUUCCUGAUCCAAUGAUUGAACCGUGUGGAUGAUGGUGCAUUCUUGUAAGGGAAAUUUUGUGACUUGAAUAUAAAUAAUGUUUCAUCUAUUUUCCUUCUUACCCACGAGGUGCAAAGAAAGAUUACCUUUGUGUUUGGAUGAA